GGGUCCAACCGCCCGUUUUCCCCCCGCCCCCGGCCUUCCCUUUACCCUCCUCCGGCAGCUCUGUGACCGACUCGGGUCCCGCGGGCGGCGGAGCGGGCGCGCGCGCUGGGGGUCGUGCGGCUGCUAAGCAGGGCGAGCGCGCGCGAGGAAGGAGUGGAGGCGUAGCGGGGCGGGGGUACGGCUCGCUCGCUUGCAAGAUGGCGGACGAGGACGGGGAAGGGAUUCACCCCUCAGCUCCUCACAGAAACGGAGGUGGCGGCGGCGGUGGGGGGUCCGGGCUCCACUGCGCCGGGAACGGCGGAGGGGGAGGCGGCGGCCCGCGGGUCGUGCGCAUCGUCAAGUCCGAGUCCGGUUACGGCUUCAACGUGCGGGGCCAAGUGAGCGAGGGCGGGCAACUGCGGAGCAUCAACGGGGAGCUGUACGCGCCGCUGCAGCAUGUGAGCGCCGUGCUGCCCGGGGGGGCGGCCGACCGGGCCGGGGUGCGCAAGGGGGACCGCAUCCUGGAGGUGAACGGCGUGAAUGUUGAGGGGGCGACACACAAGCAGGUGGUGGACCUGAUCCGAGCAGGCGAGAAGGAAUUGAUCUUGACAGUGUUAUCUGUACCUCCACAUGAGGCAGAUAACCUAGAUCCCAGUGACGACUCGUUGGGACAAUCAUUUUAUGAUUACACAGAAAAGCAAGCAGUGCCCAUAUCGGUCCCCACAUACAAACAUGUGGAGCAGAAUGGUGAGAAGUUUGUGGUAUACAAUGUUUAUAUGGCAGGGAGGCAGCUGUGUUCUAAGCGGUACCGGGAGUUUGCCAUCCUACACCAGAACCUGAAGAGAGAGUUUGCCAACUUUACAUUUCCCCGACUUCCAGGGAAGUGGCCAUUCUCUUUAUCAGAACAGCAAUUAGAUGCCCGACGUCGGGGGUUGGAAGAAUAUCUAGAAAAAGUGUGCUCAAUACGAGUCAUUGGUGAGAGUGACAUCAUGCAGGAAUUCCUAUCAGAAUCAGAUGAGAACUACAAUGGUGUCUCCGACGUAGAGCUGAGAGUAGCACUACCAGAUGGAACAACAGUUACAGUCAGGGUUAAAAAGAACAGUACUACAGACCAAGUAUAUCAGGCUAUUGCAGCAAAGGUUGGCAUGGACAGUACGACGGUGAAUUACUUUGCCUUAUUUGAAGUGAUCAAUCAUUCCUUUGUACGUAAGCUGGCACCUAAUGAAUUUCCUCAUAAACUCUACGUCCAGAAUUACACAUCAGCUGUGCCAGGCACCUGCCUAACCAUUCGGAAGUGGCUUUUUACCACCGAAGAAGAAAUCCUCUUAAAUGACAAUGACCUUGCUGUUACCUACUUUUUUCAUCAGGCUGUUGAUGAUGUGAAAAAAGGUUAUAUCAAAGCAGAGGAAAAGUCCUACCAAUUACAGAAGCUGUAUGAACAAAGGAAAAUGGUCAUGUACCUCAACAUGCUAAGGACUUGUGAGGGCUACAAUGAAAUCAUCUUCCCCCACUGUGCCUGUGACUCCAGGAGGAAGGGACAUGUCAUCACAGCCAUUAGCAUCAUGCACUUUAAACUGCAUGCCUGCACUGAAGAAGGACAGCUGGAGAACCAGGUAAUAGCGUUUGAAUGGGAUGAGAUGCAGCGAUGGGAUACAGAUGAAGAAGGAAUGGCCUUCUGCUUUGAAUAUGCCAGAGGAGAGAAGAAGCCUCGAUGGGUUAAAAUCUUCACACCAUACUUUAAUUAUAUGCAUGAAUGCUUCGAAAGGGUGUUCUGUGAGCUCAAGUGGAGAAAAGAGGUCAUCCUGUUCUGUACAACAGCAGAUACAAAGGCAAAGGAAGAGCCAUUGUUGCCGCCUUCAGCCCAGCAGAGAACUGAGAGAUUUACGAAUGACAUGAUACACGGCAGUGGAAGGUUAAAGUGCCAUAAGGACUAGGAAGAAGAGAGGGAAAAAAAGACCUCUGGAUGAAAGCAGCUAAGGAAAUCUUCAUGAAGAAAGUGGCGUUUAAGAUGAACCAUUUAGGAUGAGCAGGAUUUCAACAAGAAGGUUUUUUCACAAAGUUUAUUGAGCUGUUAUGUGCCUGACACUUAUAAUUGGGAAUGAAAAGCCAUGGGGGGAGGGGAAGGAUCAAACCUGUCCAGAUGAACAAUGAAUAGUCCUAUUUGAUUAGAACUUAGGGAUGUGUAGGAAUAAGAUGGAAGAUGAGGUUUGAAGAGCCUUGAAUGCCAGGGUGAGGUGUUCUACAUUUAAAAGAAAAGGUUUUUUUUAAUGAGCUGCAGUUUAGAAACUGGUGCUUUAGAAUACACACAGAAGGCUCAAUUAGGACACUGUUAUGAUUAGUUGGUAAGUGGAGGCAGUGAUAAUUGAAAGGAAGGAUAUGGAUGUGAGAAAAAAAUUGUGGAAGUAAAAUCUUUCGUGAUUUAAUAACAUUGAAUGCAUGUGUCAGGAGUAAAAGACUCCUGAGGUUUCAUGUCUAGGUGGCUAGAAAAUGGAAAUAUUUAAGAGUUGAAACAGGGAGAAAAUGUUUUAGCUUUGGACCUAUUAUGAUUUAAGCAUGGGUGAGAAAUCUAGAUAUAUAGACAUCCAGCAGUUACUUCUUAAUUAUUUGUUGAGCACCUUCUAAUGUUCUGGGCACUGUUGAGGGUGAUGGGGAUACGGUGGUAAACAAGGUGGAGAACGGACUCAGCAUCUGUCUGUGAAUGGAUUUGUAGAAGGCUUCUAUGAAGAACAGGUUGUAGGAGGGCGGGAAGGGAACCACAGAGACACAUGAGGACACCAGAGGGCUCUGGUGGUAUGAGGGUGACUUUGGACUUUGUGGCCAUGGAGAUGGAAAGACAGAUGUGUGUAGGUCAACAAUAUAUUUGAGAGAGAGGACAAGUAGGGCUUUGCAGUUGGAUUGAAUAGGAGGCGUGAGACAGUGAAUAGUGGUGCUAGAUACUUAUGAGGAAGCCUGAGGGAGGAAGGCACUCCCAGACUGAGUUCAGGACAAAAGUUCAAUUAGAAACACACAGCUGGGAGUCAUUCUCAUCAAGUGGAUGAGAGGAUGCAGUAUAUUGGAGGGAGACCCCAUUUGUGGGGGGCAAGAGGAAGCUGCCUGAUUACUCAGGGAAGUAGACCCAGAGAAGGCCCAGAGAAUGGGAAUCUUCGAAGGACCAGAUGCUUGGCUCAGGGCGACUCAAGUUGUCAGACUCAGAGAAGAGAGUGAGUCUUGGCCGCAAGUGGAAAUGCUGCAGUCACAAAUACUAGAAGCCAAGACCGCGAAGGCUUUGACAUUUUAGCAGGAGAGUGAAAAGACGAAGCCCUGCAAGUCGGAUGGGCUGUGCAGGGUCUCUGCUGAGGAAAUGGAAACACCUUGCCUGACGUUUGUCCAUUUCUAAGCUCUCAAAAUAUGGCCAGGGCAUGGGGAUGCAUUGGAGGAAGAAUUAUCCAGGGCUUUCCCCAGCCACACUCUCAUCCCUGGAGCCCCCCUAAUGGAGGAUAUUUUCCUAAAUGUCUGUUUUCAUUUCUAUAAAUGGAAGGCUCCUCCCAAUCCCUGCUAUUAAUCUGUCAGCUCCACUCUUUUGCCUUAAGAAUUUCUUUUCCUUUUCCCUUCUCUUUAUGCUGCCAUUAACAUUGGAACAGUAACUUGAUCAUAUUGGAAGAAGCAGCUGAGUUUCAUCCUGCUUGGUCUGAAUUGGGGGAUCCAACUGUCCUCAUUUCUUACUUCUUCUGCUCUCCCAUUUUAUUACUGCUCAGACCCCCCUGCUCAGAAGAGGUGGUAGUGAACUUCGGGAGCUAACAGAACUACCCUCCUUUAUACCCUUCCUACUAUAUUUGAAGCUAAUAUGAUGCCUAAGAAAUCUGUUUUUAUGCAAGAUACAAGUUCAGAGCUUCCUUUUCUGUCUCCAAGGAUCCUACGUUUUGCCAUCAAAGUCCCUAGAGAUGAUGAGCACUGGGUGAUGUAUGGAAUUACUGAAUCACUAUAUUGUAUACCAGAAACUAAUAUAACACUGCUAACUAUACUGGGAUUAAAAUAAUUUUUAUUUUUAUUUUUAUUUUUUUUAAAGAUUUUAUUUAUUUAACAGAGAGAGAGACACAGUGAGAGAGGGAACACAAGCAGGGGGAGUGGGAGAGAGAUAAGCAGGCUUCCCGCCGAGCAGGGAGCCUGAUGUGGGGCUCGAUCCCAGGACCCUGGGAUCAUGACCUGAGCUGAAGGCAGACGCCUAACGACUGAGCCACCCAGGCGCCCCUAAAAUAAUUUUUAAAAAGGACCUGGAGAAUCCCUGUCCCUGAAAUGUUUUGUUUCCCCCCAAAAGACCCCUCUGUGUCUCCCUCUUCAUCAUUCAACUUUACUUGUAUCUACUGCUUCUCUGGAGAAAAUCUGGCUCCUUUGGAGCUCCUUCUCCUUGCAGGGAAGGGCAAGCCGUGAACAGUGACAAUAAGGAUUCUUCAGUGUUUGGUGAGGGGUUGCCUGAGAUCAGGGGGGAUACCAGGAGGAGGACACUUCCGAUUCCUUUUGCCUCCCAACUCCUGCAUCCCAGGAGAACCCACCAAUCAGUAUGUCACUCUGGGAGAUGCUCUUUGGUCUCAAAUACACCUUCCAUCUUUCUGUCCUGACCCAGAAACUGCAGUGAGGCCACAGCGAGACAGUACAAGGGAAAACUCCUGGUGUUGAUACCAACUCCUGCUAUCCUUACACACACUUUUGCGUGUCUGUUACCACACAGACACACAGACACACAGACACACACCCCCCCACACCCCCCCCCCCCCCCCCCACAUAUUCGAGAUUACAGAUGCUCCUGCCUGGAUUCUCUUCCUUCUGAGUAAGGCCCCAUCCCUGGACUCUGCCAAUCUAAGAGACUUGUUUUCCCUGAAACGAUAUCCACAGGUAUGUUUCUAUUGCACUUCACAUGUUGCUUCUCUUUGUACUACUCUCAGUUUAGGGCAGUUUAAGAGAAGGCCAAAGUACGGGGCUGAGGUUGGAGUGGGUGGUGAGGAGUCACACAUCCUUGUGCGCUGGUGGAACAGCUUGGCCUAAGGCUGGCUGGGCUGGAAGGUGAGCAAGCUUAAAGUGGGGGGGCAUAAUGAGGGUGGAGUAGCAGGUUGCUGCUAAAAGCAAGUGGCCUAGAUGCUGUGAAGUCACACACUACCCCUGUGUGAGCCCCCUGAACCCAGCCCUAAAGUAGUUCACAGAGAAGAAUCUAAGAACCAAAUCGGAGGGACCUCAGGACUUAUGCAGUCCACCUUCUGCUGAUGGGACUCGCUGUGACAGCCUGCUUGGUACUUGUUGGGAUCAUUGCCUCGGGUCAAAGACCAGGUAGUUGAGCCUGCAAGAUGAGAGAAUCAUGGGCUUUGGAGUCUGACAUAUAGGGCUUCCUUCCUGCAGCCAUCCCUUGGUAGCUUUGUGAUUAUGGAUAAGUCAAUUACCCUCCCAAGCCCUUUUUAACCUGUCUAUAAAAUUGUAUCCCGCCUCACAGAGUUGUUGGGAGGUUAAAUGAGGAAAUGUACAUUUAGGGCCUGUAACAGAAUCACAGAGCAAAAGCUUAGCUCCCUGUAUCCCCACUGGUAGGUGCAGAGACAGCUCACCCCCACCAACAAGGGAGAAAUGGAGGUCAGGAACAUGAGAGUGAAGUCCCCAGCCUUCAGAGGGACAGGGCUGGAUACAAGAGAGGCCUGCUGACCUGCUUUCUUCCCUCUGUGCCUAGUGCUGCAGAGCAUUCCAGGAUUAAACCUCAAGGAAGGGUGGAAGAAUGGGAUCAUGAAGCCAUGGUCAAGGCCUGGACCCCUCAAAGGUCUUGGACCCUCCUAACAGGUCUCUCUCCCAAACCUCCCUCCCUUCGUCCCCUCCGCAGUACGCAAAAUCCCCUCCCCGCAACUUUCCAAGACUCUUAUUUGAUGCUUUUAAACUUUUUUCUUUAUUUAGACAGAAAAGACCAACUCUUUAAAAGUAAAAUGCAAUAAAUAAAUAAGUUAAGCAUAGAGAA